GAGGGUGUGAAGAACAACGACGAAUGAUAGUCAAUAUAUUUAUUGGAGAAAAAUAUAUCCUGUAGCCGGUGUGUGCAUGUAUAUAUGUGUGCGUUGCCAACCUGGAGUCCUAUCUAUAAUUUAUCGUUAGAUUUAGUAUUAGGGAAAUCAAAAAUACUAGCUCAUAGAUACUAAAUGAAAAAUAUUAAGGGAAAUAGAUAGAAGACCGAAGCUUGGCACGACAGAUAUAUGUAUAUAAGUGAAUGUGUAGAUUCCGUCCAGCCCAGUUCUUAUUAUUUACUAUUAUUAUGUUUUUUUUUCUUUUUUUUUUUUUUUUUUUUUUUUUUUAAUUACUUUAAUAUUUAUAUCAAUUUUUUUUUUUUUUUUUUUUUUUUUUCUUUUUUUUUUAAUAUAAUUAUUUUAUGAGAGAUAUGUCGCGUUAUUUAAAUGCCAUAAGUUUCUCAUCUUUUCAUAUUUUAUUCAGAAUUUCAGGAACAUUAAAGGAAAUGUGAAAGACUAUCAUUAAUAAUGUUCAUUCUAUAUAAUUAGUAUUAUUAUAUAUUAAGAAUACUUAUCUACGAACCAUUUAUACGUUUGUAGAUGGCCCUAAGCUCUCAUAUCAUCUAAUCUAGAUUAAAUUAUUUAAGUUGAUAUUAAAUGACUGACAUUGUCUGAUUAAUCUGUGAUUUGAUUAUGCUCGAGUUCGUGCAUGCUGAUUUGUUUUAAGUAUCGUAUAUAAUGUUAUGGAAGUUACUGGAUAUGGGCGGAUAUAGUUGUGUGAGUUAGGUACAUGAUAUUGCUUGCAGUGAAUUUCAGUAGAAUCAAACUUAAUUAAAAAAAAAAAGAAAAAAAAAGAAAAAAAAGAAAAGAAAAAAAAGAAAAAAAGAAGACAAAAAAAAAUUCAUUGCACUCAUGACAUUUAUAAUAUCAUCUCUCAAGCGUUCAUUCAAAACCGUCCUCAAUGCUACAAAAAAAGAAAAAAAAAAAAAAGAAAAAAAAAACGAAAAAAAAAAGAAGAAAAAAAGAAAGAAAAAAAAUUGCACAGUUAUCUUUGGAUUUCACUGCAAUCAAUGGUCACCAUUAAAAUAAUAUCUUGUACUCUGAGAACAGUAACUUAUAACUUCGAUCGAGUUAUUUCUAUGAACAUGUAAAACUAUUAUCAGCAUUAUGAUAUUACUAGAUGGUUAUAAAUAUUCCAGUUAGCAAAAGUGUCUGUUUAUUAAUUACAAAUUUAUUGUAAUAUUGUAACAUAUUUUAUGUAAGUGAUUAAUAAAAAAUAUUCGUACAUCAAAUUUACUAUACAAGAAAUGAAAUUAUGUCUCAGUCGUGAUUAUUUUCUAAAUUUUUUUUUUCUAUAUUCAUAUUAUUAGACGAUUCAGAUUUUUUAUUAUUAUCCAUUUCGUUCUUAUCACAGUCAAUAGAUAUUUUCUUAGGAACAUAAUGUAGAGUCUCGACUAUUGCUUCUGGCUGAUCUAUCCAUAACUUGUAUCCUCUUUUAGUAGGAUACUUUUUACUAUUUAAACAGACUAAACAUGUCCAUUUAAUUCCUUUCAUAUGUUUAGAACAUAAUCUUACUCUAGCUGUUUCUCCAGGUAUUAAAGGAGAUUGGCAUCGUUUGCAUAUCGUUCUUUUUAUAUUUGGUUCUCUAGAAAAAAAAAAAAAAAAAAAAAAAAAAGAAACUCAUAAAUGACAGAACCCUAAUAAUUUUGUAAUUAAAAUAUAAUUACAAAAAUGUUCUUUUUUUUUUAUAUAUAUAUAUAUAUAUAUAUAUAAAUAGCACCUACAUGCGCAGUACAGAUUUCUUGGCACAACCCAUCAUUGUAUUUCCAUAAUAUGAAGCUGCAACUCUAUUUUUUAAUGCUAUCAAAUGACUAGCCUAUAAAAGGGAAUUAUAAAAGAAGAAAAGAAGUUUGAGUUUUAAUAAUUAUUGUAAAAUAUUUCUUACCUGAUACAAAUAGUUCAUUCUCUCAAAAAUAUCCUUUCCUUGACAAGCUUUUGCUUCCUUUUCUACAAAUAUAUAUAUAUAUAUAUAAUUAUUAUUACAAAAUAUUUAUUUAAUAUUAUUAAAGAAUAAUCAUUGAUAACUUACCCAUUAUUUAUAAUAACAAUAUAAAAAAAAAAAAAAAAAAAAAAAGAGAGAGAGCAUAAAAUUACACUUUCUUAUAACAUAUUCCAAUUAAAAUUCUAACCACAAUACCCUUUGGCAAUAUCUAUCACGUAUUAGAUACACAUAUGAGAUAUUUUUUAUUAAAAAUAAAUUAUACAUAUAGAUCUUACACGAAUAAUAAUUAUUUUAUUUAUUAAUAAAUACACAUUUGGCAAACAUUAAAAUAAUAUAGAAACAAAGUUUAAUAAUGAAAAUUUACAAAACUUAAUGAAACUGUAGAUGAAUAAUACUAGAUGACUCUUGAGAACAGUUUUCUAGUUGAAAAUUGGCGCUCGUGUAAAUAUCGUGGCGGUUCAAUUUUCAAAACUUGAUUAACCUAAAAUAUAAUUGUAACGAAUUAAUAUUGAUAUACAAUGUCAAGUUUAAAUACAAUUACAUUUGCACAUGUUAAAAAGUUAGGUCAUAGUAUUGAUGAGAUACGAGGAAGGGCAUUAGAAAAUAUUAUUUCUAAAUUAGAUCUUGGUUUUGGAUGUGAUUCUGACGUUGUUAAGAAAGAAUUAAUAGUUAAACUCUUUCAUUGGUUUACCUUUGACAAUAUACCUCAUCCUAGAGAAGCUUUAGAUUUGUUAUAUAGAUUGAUAAAGGGUGGAAAUAACAAUUAUUUAAAUGCAUUUGGCAGAUCAAGAUUUCAAAAUGAGUUACAUCAAUUAAAAAUAAAACUUGACACUUCAUGGCAUGAUAAAGUUGAUCAAAUAGAACAAGUCAUUUUAAAUCCAGAUAAAGAAGAAUCAUCCAAUGACAUUAAAAGAAAUAUUAAAACAUUAUUAGAUCCAUCAAGAAUAUCAUUUAAACAAUCAGAGUAUAUGAAAAGAAUUCAUAAUUAUGAUAAUUAUGGAAGUAAAGAUUUUAAUGCUGACACAAUUAAUGCUUCCAAUGAUGCUUGUGCUUUUGUAUCUCCAUUGGACAAUACGUUGCCUGUGGAUCUUACUGUUCAACAUAGUGAUGGUACACUUGUUUCCAAAACAGUAGAGGGUGGAAUUAAAUGGUUAGUAAUGCCAUGGCAACCAUUAGUCACAUCGGAUAAAGGUGUAUUAGCAGCAGUAGAGGAAGCUUUAAAUAAUACUGCAGAUACUAAUCUGAUAUUACAUACGUGUCAGUUUAUAACAAAUGUUAUGUUACAAGAUUUUCCAGCUGAAGUUUUUCUUCAAAGGCCAGCAAUAGUAUCAGUGUUACAUGCUCUUCUUGAUACAAGUAUAAAUAUAAUUGAGCCUGAUAUUAAAUAUAUUAUACCAGCUGUAUUAAAAGCAUUACAUAAAUUAACAAGAUGUCUACGAUUUCGAAUUUAUUAUUAUUAUGAUCCAUGUGUGGCAAAUAAAAAACAAAAGUUACUUGCAGAGAAAUUGGAUAAUAAUAGUUAUCAUUUAUCUGAAGCUAGAGACAGUCCUGAUGGAGGAAUACCAGAAGCUAAUUAUCAAGCAUAUCAAUCAGCUGCUACAAGUGACAGAAGUCAAAGCAUCAUGGAUUAUGUCGAUGAAUCUGUAUUACGAUUGCAACAAAUGCUCAUUCCUUCCUAUUGUAUUGAAACAUUAAAACACGUUAUUUCGCAAUUAAAUAUUCCUAACGAUUCUACAUUUCCAUUAAAAAAUACUAAAUACAUAGUUGACCUGAUUCAUGAACUAGCACAAUUACUACUUAUCACAGUCAUGCCAAAUAUAUGGAUAUGCAAUGAUAAUAUGGCAAGGAAGAUCAGCGACGAAUUAAAAAUGUUAUUAACAUUAUUAGGAGAUUCUCUGGAAUAUUUUGCAAAUUAUGGCAGUAUAGAUUAUCAUAGGAUUACGUAUCUUCAUCUUCUUUGCAUUACAGUAAAUUUAUUAAGUAAUAUUGUGCCAUUUGAAGUAGCAAAUAUUAUUUUACCUAAAUCCAUAAAAAAUUCUAUGUCAAUUGCUUUAAUGGAUGCACCUAUAUAUUUGAUGUAUCCAAAAUUGCAUACUGCACUUCAAGUAUAUAUUCAGCAUUUAGAAGAUUCAAACGAACUUGCAAUAAUCAAAAUCUUUGAUGAAAGUAGAAUUAUUAUCAAAUCAAUGCAAGCAGCUAUUUGCUCAAUAAAAGAAUCUUCUAGAGGAUCACAUUCUGAUAUAUUAAAAAUAUUAUAUGCAUCUAAAUUAAGUUUGCCUUAUCACAAAAAUAUGUGUAUAGUUAAGAAAGCCAUUAAAUUUCUACAAAAUAUUAACAGAUAUUCCCUCAGCAAAGAAGAUCAUGUAAUAUGCAGAAAAUUAAUAUUAAAUUUAUUAGCAAAUGGAGAUACGGAUAUACAAGAAUUGGCAUAUAAAGAAUGUCAUUGUUUAGUCAAAAGUAUUUUAGGAAUAGAAUAUAAUAAAGAGAAACUUACAUGGGAAAAUUUAAUCUUCCUUUUGGAACCAAAUGUUUUGACUGAAAUAAUUUGCUAUGGUCUACCCAAUGAAAAUAAAAAAAUUAGAGAAAUGUCAGAAGAGAUGAUAAUUUAUAUAUUAAAAGGAAAAGUUCAAGCCGAUGAAACAGGCUGGUUAAAAAUAUUAGAAACAAUUAUACCAGUAUUACCUCUUCUUCAAUGUUAUGCAUAUUCUUCUACAGUUAUAGGCAGAUGUAUAACAAAAAUGCUUGAUCCUGAUAUUUUUAAUAGUAUACACUUACCAUAUCUUGAGGUUUUAAAAGGUAACUUAAGAUUAUUGUAUUCAGCUGAGUGCGACGUUAGAGAAGAAGCUUCUUGUAGGUUAAUUUGGUUGCUUGGCAAAGAAAAAGAUUCUAUUAAAAAAUUGCCAAGAUUAUCUUCCUUACAUGGUCUACCUCUUAGUUCUCUUUGUAUAUUCGAACGUCCAUCAGUUUUUAAACGCUUAGAAGGAAAUUAUCAGAGGAGCAGUUUAUUGUCGGUGUUAGAAAUGUUAAGAGAUUCCGAAGUUGAUCCUAAAAUGCGUAAAUCUGCAUUAGUACAAAUUAAUGUAAUGCUUACAGACACGUCAUUACAUAAAUUAUUUCUUAAUGAAAAUGGAUUAUUUUUAAUUUUGCAGACGUUUAACAGUGCUUUGAUAGAAAAUGAUUAUAAAAAUUAUCCUGAUUCUGUUAUUCCAAUAUUGGCAAUAUUAAAAUUAAUUAUUGCCAGUGAAUCAUCAGUGAGACAUGAAUUAUCCACUAAUAUUGAUAUUUUCAUAAAUAUUAUUCGCAGUAUAUUUUUGUUUCCAAAUAAUGAAUGUGUCAAGGCUGAUGGUUCAUAUAUUUUAUGCUUACUUUUAUAUAAUGAUUAUAUUAUCAGAAUGAAUGAAAGACAAACAGAAAGUAAUAUUCAAUUAACUGUAUCUUUGCCUCACAUUAUUGUAAUUAAAAUGAAAUUACCAUUAAUUUGUAAAUCUCAUUGGAAAACCAGUGUACAUAGACGAUCAGAAAUAUCAGUUCUCCAUGGAAGCAAUCAAACAAUAUUGACAUUUGUAAGACAAUAUUGGGCAUGGGAAUGGAAUGGUGGAUGGAAGAUGUUAUGGAAAAAUUAUGACGAAGUUAAUGAUUCUGAAUUACCAGAAAAAUUAAGGAUACAAGAACAUGAAUUCUUUAUUUUUCAAUACAGCUGUUCAUAUUUUUAUUGUCAAAAACAGUUGUAUAAUGUACAAAAUUCUACGACACACGAUGGUGUAUUAAAUGCUCUCGAUUAUCUGAUAAUGUACAUAAAAUUUUAUAAUAUGUUGCAAUAUGAAGAAAUUAAAGAUAUUAAUUCUUUACCGUGGGAACAAACGUUCGAAAGAUUUUUAUCGUCCCAUCCGUCGAGUAAAGAGGACUGUGAUUUAUUUGUUAAUAUUAUCAAUUUUUUACAAUUAUAUAUCAGUAUAGCAAAAGGUAAAAGUUCAUGGAUAAGUAAGAUGAUGAAAAAUAUGACAAAAUCAUGGGCAGAUUUAUUUCAAAACUUAGAAGUGGAUAAUCAAGAUGUACAUCAAUCAAUUUUGAAAUUAGCACGUACUUGUGCAGCUAUUGAAAGAAAUGAAAAAUCAGACAUUAAUCAGAAACAUACAUGGAUACAUUUUAUCGAAUUAGUUGUUUCUACUUUAUGUUUUGGAAAUCAACAACAUUUUUACAACCUUGCAUAUCUGGAUUGGUUGUUGACAUGUUUGACAUAUUUAAUCAGCCAAUGCGAUUGGAGCAAUCAUAAAAAUUUAUUAGCAUCAUUAGGAAAUACACUUAUUGAAAUGAUUAUAUCUUUUCAUGGUGCUGGUACAGUUAGUUUUAUGGGUUUAUCUAUAACUAGGAAUUCUAUAAUAUGUCUUAAUCAUUUGCUGUAUCAAAUGCACGAAAAUUUUAAUAAAAAUACGUGGAUAUCAUUUUGGUACGAAGAUAGCAGAUCUUUAAGUUGGUUACCAAUGCUUUGGCAAAAUAGAGAUCCUUUGGUGCGUGCAUCAGCUUUGCAGCUAUUGUCAGGAUUAUUAAACGAAAUGCAUUCAGCGUCACAGUUAUCAAAUGCAAUUGCCGUAGCACCGAAUGAAUUAUGUUACAUGUUAUUGCAAUACAUUAUAAUCGGAGAAGAAUCUUGUAUUGUUCGAGAACAAGCGUGUAUUGCAUUUAGUAACUUAAUUAAAAAUUGCAACUCUAUGUCUUUUCAACAUAUUGACUCAUUGAAAACAAAUAUUAUACUUAUAUACACGGAACAAGUGAACUUUUAUUAUGAAAUGAGUAUAUUAUAUUCUAACAUUUAUGUGUUACCAACAUUAGAUUCUGAUUUGUUAAACAAUGAACAACAAAAAGAUGAUAAAGUACCAUCCGUACAAGCUGCGACAUCAGGAUGUGUAUCAUUAGUACCACGGACUGUAUCAUACUUAUACAAUUGUCACGAUGAAUUACUACCUUUUUCAGGAGUAGAUUCUGAAAGUAUGGAUAUGGAUCAUUAUUUAUUAUCCGUUGCAACUCCUUCUUUAGUAACAGCAACGUGUACUCUUUUAAAUAAUUUAAUACUUAUUGGACAACAGGAAGUAGUACGUCACGUUUAUGAACAAUCACUCGAUAAAUAUCUUAUUAGAUGCUUAAAAGAAAUUCCAAAGAAUAUUGAUACUAAAAAAGAUCUUAUACAUUAUUGUGAUAUGUUAGAAAUGUAUAUCAGCAUUUGCGUUGUCUUAUCAAAUUGUGUCAUACAUAGUAAUGAAUUUGCUGCAGUUGCAAGUUUUACACCUGACUGUAUUUAUUCUUUAUUUAAUCUUCUUCAUUUUGAUUUGUACAAUGAUCAACACUUUGAAUCUAUUCAAACAGCUUUAGAAUUAUAUGGUCCAGAUAAAGCAUUGACUUCUAUUUGCACUGCAAUUAAAGAUACUGAUACAGAAUUACGAAUGAAUGCUAUUGCAUGUCUUACUUUUCUUCUUACUCAAGAAAUUCAAAAAGAAACAUUAGGAAAAAAUAAUAUUUCGAUAAAGACAAUUUUAGAUAGUAUUAUAUACAUUCCAAUAAAUAAUCAAAGUAACAAUUUACAAGAAGUUAUAACUAAUAUUAAUAAACUUUCUAUAAGGAGUGUAAAUUUGCAUUCUAAAAAAGCAAAUCGAAAUGAUGAAAUUGAUGAUUAUACCGUUAAUUCUGAUAAUAUUAAAAUGAAAUCAGAUGAGCAACAGUAUACAAUAGGUGGUGAAUUAUGUAAAGUUUUAUUACCUCUUUUUAUUGCUCAUAAUUAUACAAGAUCAAAAAAAAGUCGUAAACAUAUAGAGAAUAGAGAUCUUAUUGUUAGUGCUCUAGCUAAUUUAUUAUGUGUUUCUAUGGAAGCUAAAAAAAUUGCAUUGAAAGAGAAUUUAUCUGAAACAGCAUUGAUGAUACUUAAAGAAUUGUAUGUUAAAUUAAAUCUACAACCAUUUGAACUUUAUAAAAAUCAAGUUGAUCGUGAGAAAAAGAUUAAUCCUCUAUUUAGUGAUAUAAACAAUAUUUUCAUAUUAUUAAUGAAUUUUAUGCAUGAAAAUUUACAAGUUAAAGAAACACUUACUAAAGAUGGCUUGGCUGAUGUAUUGCACAAAUUAUGGGCUUGGAUAGCUUUGAAUAAAAAUAUUUCAUCUUGUGCAUUAAAAUUAUUAGCAACAUUUACGACAAAGUGCUCAGCUGCAGCACAAUCUUUAACAUUAACUACGGUAUUACCAGGAACAGGAUUGAGAAAAACACCUAAUACAAUUGCUAUAAUACAUAUCAUUAUACAAUUAAUAUGUAAAGAGAUCGAUAAAGCAGGACACCUUUUUGAUAAUAACAAAUUGCAUUUUGCUUUUCAUGUUUUACGAAAUGCCGUACAUGUACAUGAAUGCAGAGUCUCAAUUUCAAAAAGCAAUUUGUUACAAUUUUUUACAAAGAUACAUCCUAUUACUACAAAGAGAGUAAAACCAUGGCCACUGGUAGAACUCUAUUGUUUAGAAUUUCUAAUUGAUUUUACAUAUUACGAAGAAGGACAAAUUUGCGUGCCUAAGGCCGUAGAUGGUUUAGAUUCUCUAAUACAUUUAGCAAAAUGUUCAUCUUCGCCAACAAAAAUUCUUGCCAUUUCCAUUUUGCGUAAUUUAGCAUUUAAUAUGGCAAAUAGACCAAGAAUUCUUAGCUCAGUGGAUGUCAUCAAUCUUCUUCAUGAUGUUUUUAAAAAUGGAUCUUUAUGCGAAAUCAGAAUAGCAGGAUCAAUGUUAUGGUCAUUAAUAUGUAAUAAUCAGAAAGGGAAAUUAAUUGCACGUACUGCAGGAUUUCCUCAGAGUAUUCAAGAGGCAUUAGGUAGAUUAACAUUAUUAACAACAAAUAACGUAGAACAAGAACAAGAUGUAGUUAAAAUAUUGGAAUAUCUAAUACGUCUUAUAAGUCCUAUCGAGAAUAAGUCUGAUUAAUCUAUUAAAUAAUUAACUAUCUAAACUAAUUGUAUAUAAA